AUUUCCAUAAGUGUUGACAAUCUUUUCCUUUAUUUUCAGGUUAUUGGAUUCACAGCCUACUCAUUACCAAAAAACAAUUCCGAUACCAUAGGAAGGGCAUUCUUCAAGAAAAACAAAUCACUCGUAAAUUCUCAGUACACUAAUAGUAGACAAGUUAGCCAUAGAUGUCAACUGGAACAGGGUGGAUACUUGGUUAUGCCUACCACGUUUGAACCUGGACAGGAGUCAAGCUUUACGUUACGAGUUUAUUCCAGUAAACCACUCAAGUUGAAAUUAUUGGACACACAUCCUUCAUUAGUGAAGUCAGCUGUCAUAAAGGCUCCUGCAACAUUGGACGGCAAAAGCUUUAGUCAAUACGAAGCAGUAUUCUUACAAUUGGCUGAUGAACAUAGGACGGUGAAUGCGUUUGAAUUGCAAGAGCUCCUUGAAGCAUGUUUACCAAAUGAUUACAUCAAAAGCUGCGCUUGUAUGGAGGUUUGCAGACAAGUCGUCUUAACUCUGGAUACAACGGGCAGCGGAAGGUUGAAACUGGGCGAUUUCAAAGAUCUGAUGUGCAGUCUCAAGUAUUGGCAGACAGCCUUCAAAAAUCAUACGCGGGAACGAGCCGGAAUAUUGAAAGCUGAAAGGUUGAAAGAUGCACUACUGGAAGUUGGGUUCCAGUUGAGUACAGAUGUGAUGUCUGUGAUAAUUCUGCGUUACAUGAGGAAAGAUGGAACAUUUCGGUUCGGCGAUUUUGUUUCCACAAUUCUUCACCUGACUGUUGCUUUCAGUGAGUCAACUAUUCAACUAUUAAACUAUUCAUUUUACAAUGUUCCAUUUUUGUAAGACAUACAUUAAUUU